CUUUGUUUAAAAUUCCCUUUAAUACCAAAACUGUAACAUUGGUGUUCUGUUUUUUAUACUUUUAUAAUCAUGCAUAGAACGGCAGUAUUACCUGGCUUAAUAUUUACUCAGACAUUCAUGUAAAUAAUAUUCAAAAUAUGCAAUGUACCAAAGCAUUUUUUUUUAAAUGAAAUGAUAACUAAAAUAAUAAAAAUAAAAAGAUGGAUGACCCUCCUGUAGGUCAGGUGAGUAAAAACAAACCGUUUGUCAAGCUCAGCAUGUUUAUCAGCCCAGCACUAACAGGAAACUCACAAUAUUCUCAAUGGGAGCCGGUGUUUCAGUGUUUGUGGCUCCCGUCAGAUAUUCUGUUUAUUAAUAGGAGCCUGUCGACACACAAGGUAAAUCCCUUUAAAUAUGUUUAUUUUUCUUUGAGGUGUAUUUCAAUUUGCGCUGCUUCGGAACAGUGGAAGAGCUUUUACAAUGCAGGUUACUCCGGAAGUCCCCUUUAGAUUGUCUCUAACGUGACGUCUAAGUGCAUCCUCGGCUCAGUUUAGUGUCUCUGGGAUGCUGAGCGGGCAGGCGGGGCCGUGUUUGCUUGCAGAGCCCUGCCGUGGAGUGAUGUAGCAGGACGCACGGACACAGAGGACACAGAGACGCAGAGAGGACGUCUGUUAGAAAAAGAAAAAAACCCAAAACAAAGUCGUUCAGUUUUGCGGCUGUGUUCCCUGAAAGCGCGAUGGGUUUCCACACGAAGCAAAUUUGAGCCACGAAGCCUCCGUGAAGCUCGGACAUCUUGGUUCACUGACAGCACAGAGUGGACUAACGUCUCCCCUCCGUCCGAGCCACCGUCCGAGGACACCGUGCUGUAGCGGAGCUGUGAGCUCGGCUCACCAUGGCGUGGCCCUGCAUCAGCAGGGCGUGCUGCAUGGCCCGCUUCUGGAACCAGCUGGACAAGGCUGACAUUGCGGUGCCUUUGGUCUUCGCCAAGUACACGGACGUCUCCGAGAUGCAGCACAUCCAGCUGCAGCCGCAGCUACACCCUCCCCAGGCCCGAGUUGCUAUAGAAACGCAGCCGUCUCGCGCAGAAAGCCGCGCCGUUCCGACUGCACGCGCGCCGCGAAGGUGCGUCUCCGAGGAGCGCGUGUGCAGCUCUGUGAUGCGCGAGGACUUUAAGCACUGGAAAGUGCGUCCCGAACCGAGCUGUAAGCCCAAGAACGAGUACCACGAACCGGAAACACCGUUCAACAGCGAGACCCAGUACCAGAAGGACUUCAAGCCCUGGCCCAUCCCGAAGAGGUACGAUCACCCCUGGAUACCCAAACCGCCUCCGAGUGCCUCCGCGGGAGAAGAUCGCACACCGGCCAGGUCCAAGUACCCGAAAAAGCACGUGGUGCUGGCGGAGGCGGACAGCGGCGUUGAAAAAAGCGCUAUAGCCGACAAGGUCCAGGAGAAGGACCUGCUCCAGGGCCAGGAGAGGAAAAAGCGUGCCAGCAAGAAGGAGGGGGAGAAGAAAGUGGUCCUGAAGGGGGAUGGAGAGGGCAGAGGGAGGGCGGCGGACGCCGUGAACAGACAGAUCAAAGAGGAGAUUUCAGGCGGCAGCUCCUACAAAACUGAAUUCAAAGCGUACAGAGACGUGAAGCCAGUAAAGAUGAUACGGGCCAAGUCCCAGUACCUGCCACCGGAUGAAAAGACGAACUUGGAAACCAGCUACAGUGCGACCUUCAAGGCCCAGUUCCCGCUGCAGCCUGCUGACAACAAGGCCGUGGAGAGGAGGAGGAUACGCAGUUUGUACAGUGAGCCUUACAUAGACCCCGGCAAACAGGUUGACAGGUAUAGUCUCCCUCGCUCUAAAUCCAAAAAGUCUGGAGCCACAGCAGCAGGCCAGAGCAAGCCAGCGAAGAAACCCAAAGAUAAGCAGAGCACUGUGCUGAGGGGCUCCAAGAAGGCGACCUCAGAGAACCAGCCCGAGAACCGGCCUUCGGUGGGGGACAAGGAGAAAAGUAAAGAGAUGAACAACAAACUGGCUGAGGCAAAAGAGUAAAAAUCAUUUAGCACUACUUCUCCUUUUCUUUCUUAUUUUCGGGGUGAAAUGAACACAGAGGCUGCAAAAUUGAUUCAGAGUUCUCACAUCGGUUCUCAUCUGUCUCUCCUUCCUCCCCAAGCAUCUUUCCCCCUCUUUCUCAUCCUCUUCCUCAGUGCUCUGUCACUACCUCCUGGCCACACUGUUACAGUAAUAUUAGAAUAAGAUGUUGCGCUGUGAUCAUGCCACGCCAUUGCUCCUCCUGUAUCACGCUAUGCCACAUUGCUUCAGAGUGGGCGGGAGCAUCCUCUCCCCUCUCUCAGCCUAUUCGAUGCCACCCACCACCCCCACUCUGCUUGCUUCCAUCUCCAGGUUGCCAUGGCUACUGGCUGCCUGGCUAGCCAAUCGCUGAAUGCACAGGCCCAGCGACAAGCAAUUCUGGCGGCUGGCUUUGAUCAGCCGAGCAGAUUGCAUUGUUGAAUUUAUCAAGGAUUUGUUUCUUUCCUCCUUUGUGGGUUUUUUUUUUUUGAGAAAAAAAUGAAUCAGAUUGGCACUUUGGACAUGCACAAAAAUGAGCAGCAAGACUGAAAUCUUUGAUAAAUGUCCCGCUUGGUUUAUCAUGAUGAGUGUCUGAUACCUGCUCUGUUAUCUUUGCUGCUGUUCUCUGUUCACGUGCUCAGAGUCUGUGUUGAGCAAUAUCAGCUUUGUCAGAUGUGAUUUGUAAUCAGUGUCUCUUUCUGAGCUAAAUUCUGUUGUACGCCUGUUUAUAAUUCACCUAAAGAAAAACACCUCAGCAUUUUUCUCCCCUCGCGUGAAGCUCUUUCACACGGUUUGAUUUUGUAACGCACCGUUUGGGUCACACUAAACUGAUCGUGCAUUAAACACCAGUCAGUCUGCAGAGCAUCUGAGUAUCCCCCCUGAACUAGAUAACAUUGUCAUGCAGGUAUAAAGACAUAAAGACGUGGAGUAGUAACGUCGGUUCUCAGAAUCAGAGAGAGAUGAGUUCAAUGAAACUGUGAGAUGUUGCGCUUCGUAUUGUUCUCUCCAAGCGGCGAGAGCUGUCAGUCUCACUGACCAUAGUUCAGUGUAAUCACCCCCAACACUGUCUUUACUAACAGGUCUGAUCCCUGUGCAGCCUGAUUUAGACUUCUGCAGGGAAUCUUUGUAGAGCCUCUGAUGUAACCUACAUAAGUGGCCGACUUCAUUUAUGCUUGUGCCGCUGCGUUGUGUGUUAACCACGUGGUCGUGUCCUGGUGUUUUACAUGCGGUGGCAGAAAGCAGAAGCAAAAUAAAAGGCUGCUCUUUUUUCUGAUAUGUUAUUUUUGGGGCCAAACAUAUUUGUCCCCUGAGUUUUUCCACUUCUUUUCACAUUACCUCACGCCAGUAGGUAGCCUGUACUUUCUGUAAUCUCCCUCCAGGGGUUUGCUGACAUUUGUCAGUCCUUAUACUGAUGCUAUAUGAGACUGUGAUUCUUUAUCUCUCACUAAUAAAUGUUAAAAAUUGCAGCGAAAAACAUGUAGUUCCAUUACUAUGGAGGUCCACGUCAGUUACGCCGUAGGUUAUGGUGUAGAUUUCCUGCUGGAGCAUAAAUCCCCAGUGUGAAGGUGCAUGUUGUGCAUCCGCUUUUGGAUGUUUUUAUGCACUCUGCAGACUGUAAACUGCCGCUGGCUGAUAACAGACAUCUCAUGCUGCACCUUAAAGGAGCACUCUGUAUGGCUGAGGCACAGACCUGAAUGAAAAAACAACCGUCUCACUUCAAUUUUUUAAAGUUCCUUAAACUGACUUUGCAUCUGAUUUUCUUCGUGCUUAUAAAUACUUUUUUCCUGAUAUUAGAGGUACAGCGAUGUGUCUGCUGGAUCCCAUCGUUCAUCACUCUCUGUUUCUGAAUCCACGCUUUACUUCAAUCACUGAGUUUAUUUAUUAAAAUGUUGAUUCUCUUUGUCUUCAAAUUGAACAUGGUAGUGCAGAGAAAAUUGGAUACCUUCAGUGAGAUGCUGAACAAAAGAGAACAUGAGGAAAGUUUCACAAUGUUUAUCUGUGAAAAGUUGUGUGUAUAUAACUUAUAUUUACUACUAGUUUAUAGCAGGGAUACAUGCUGGCUGAGUCCAAUUCUGCACUUACUGUAAAGCAUCAGCUGCUUUAUCCUAGUGUACAUAGAGACACAUUGUUUUGCAUUAGAAGACAGUCUUGUUAUCUGUGUGCUCCACCCUACACACACCUCUGUUUUCAUGCAUCUUUCUCUCCAUUCUGAAUGAAGGACAGUACCUUCUCUGUUUCCUGUGGUGUCUGAGACAGCAGCAACUCUUACCACCACCGCUGCAUCACAUCUACCCAAGCUGAGCACUCGCUCCAUCAGGGAUAAAGGCCUGACUCAUUUAGCAUUUUGCAGCCUUUGGUUGGGGUUGGUUUGUCAUGUAACA